AACGGGCUUUUUUGAGACAAAUGGGCCGGUACAACUCCCCCAGCCCACGCCUUAGCCUCUCCUCUUGGCUACCCGCACCCGCCAUCUCUCUGCGCCGCCGGCCUAAACCUAGACAUCCGCACUACGCGCCCGCCACUGCCCGACGCCGGCCGCUCCCUUCCGCAACCGCUCGCCCAUCUCUCCUCGCACCGAUUCGGUGGCACGGCUCCUCCUGCUCGUCACUACGUCUACUUGCUGCCGCCGGCCGCGGCUCCUCACCCCGUCGCUCAGCCACGCCGUGCUGCUGCGGCUAGCUGGGCGUGUGACUGUGAACUGAGGUUUAGGGGUAGUUAGCACCGGGGGCCGCAGCAUGGAGGUCGACGGCGAGACACAACCUUUCCGCUUCUUCUCCAAGACGACCAAGCCCAAGCCAAAGCCCAAAUCCGAGCCUGAGGCAGAUGACAAGGUCCAGACCCAACCAGGAUCCAGAAUCCCCAUUCCCGCCGCCGUCGAGAACGAAAGCGGCGACUCCGACGCCGCUACCCCCACCGUUGUGACCGAGAACGGCGAGUCCGACGACGCCGCGUUGCCCGCCACGUUCGCGGACCUGGGCCUGUCGCAGUGGCUGGUCGACGCGUGCGACGCCUUGGGCAUGCGGCGCCCGACGGCCGUGCAGCGCCGGUGCAUCCCGCGCGCGCUGGCGGGGGAGGACGUGCUCGGCAUCGCGGAGACGGGGAGCGGCAAGACGGCCGCGUUCGCGCUGCCCAUCCUGCACCGCCUCGGGGAGGACCCCUACGGCGUCGCGGCCCUCGCGCUCGCGCCUACGCGCGAGCUCGCGGCGCAGCUUGCCGAGCAGUUCCGCGCGCUGGGGGCGCCGCUGGGGCUCAGGUGCCUCGCGGCCAUCGGAGGGUUCGACUCGCUCGCGCAGGCCAAGGGACUCGCGCGCCGUCCCCACGUCGUCGUAGCCACCCCCGGACGCAUCGCCACGCUGGUUUCCAACGACCCUGACCUCGCCAAAGCAUUCGCCCGCACCAAGUUUCUUGUGUUGGAUGAGGCGGAUAGAGUUUUAGAUGUUAAUUUCGAGGAGGAUCUCCGGGUGAUAUUUGGCUGUUUACCGAAGAAGCGACAAACCUUUUUGUUUUCAGCAACCAUGUCAGAUAAUCUGCGAUCUUUGCUUGAACUUUCCGGCAACAAGUCAUACUUUUUUGAGGCAUAUGAAGGGUUCAAGACAGUGGAGACCUUAAAGCAGCGAUAUAUUCAUACUCCUCCUGAUGGAAAAGAGCUCCAUCUUUUGUAUCUUCUAUCAAAAAUGAAGGAAAAGGAAGAAGACAGUAUCCAAAUGACAGGAAACCGUAUCCGUUCAGCCAUAGUAUUUGUCUCAACUUGCAGGACCUGCCAAUAUCUGGAUCUGCUGCUGGAAGAACUUGGCAGUCCUGCUGUCUCAUUGCACUCUCACAAGUCUCAGUCACAAAGGCUCUCAGCAUUGAAUCGUUUUAAAUCUGGUCAGGUUCCCGUUUUGAUUGCUACUGAUGUGGGUAGCCGGGGGUUGGAUAUCCAAACAGUUGAUCUUGUUAUCAACUAUGACAUUCCAAGGUUUCCACGCGAUUACAUCCAUAGGGUUGGACGAACUGCAAGAGCUUCAAGGGGAGGGUUCUCUAUUAGCUUUGUUACGCAGAGGGACAUAUGCCUUCUACAUGAGAUAGAAGAUGUUGUCGGGAAGCAAUUGGAUGCCUACCAAUGCAAUGACAGAGAAGUUACUAAAGAUAUUACGAAGGUAUUCAAAGCAAGGCGUCUUGCGAAUUUGAAGAUGGAAGACGAGGGCCACGAAGAAAAGGUACAAGCCAGAAAAGAGCAGAAGAAAAGAGAUAUAGCACGAAAGCGGAAGCAUGAAGAAUGAAGCCUGUAGAACUGGCUAGGUCGAUGACAGAUGGCUGUUGUGCCCAAUUUUGAAACUGGAGAUCCAAUUGUGACCUCAUGUUAUAUGUCGUGGCUUACCCCAGUGAGCUCAUCCUGUAGGUUCUUCUCGUUUUUGUCAGAGAAAUGGAUGGAUGAGAUUUUGUAGAGACGCUUUUAAAACUAUUAUUAAAUUGAGCAGAGGCAUUGCAUUGUUGGCGUGGCAGUGAUACCUGUAUUUGCCACUGUUGCAUGUACCACAACAAGGAUUAAUUUGGAAGACGACAUUUAGUCUC